UUGGUGCACACUUGAUUCAACAGAGAAGCUGAAAGUUUAGAAGUGCAUAACAUUAACUUUGGCGGGAGUUGAGCUGGCGUAUCUAAUAGGUGGUGUUAUUCUGAAGGUUUUGCAGAAAAGAAGGGAGUUUCUGUGGAGUGAAUUAAAAUGGGCGAUAAAGAUGGAGAAACGUUUGAUGAUGCUGUGGAGGAACGCGUUAUCAAUGAAGAGUACAAAAUUUGGAAGAAAAAUACACCAUUCUUGUACGACUUAGUAAUGACACAUGCACUGGAGUGGCCAUCACUGACAGCACAGUGGCUUCCAGAUGUUACAAGACCAGAAGGCAAAGACUAUUCAGUGCAUCGACUGAUCUUGGGAACCCACACAUCUGAUGAACAAAAUCAUUUAUUGAUAGCGAGUGUCCAGUUACCAAAUGAAGAUGCACAGUUUGAUGCAUCACAUUAUGACAAUGAGAAAGGAGAGUUUGGUGGAUUUGGUUCUGUGAGUGGUAAGAUUGAGAUCGAAAUCAAGAUAAACCAUGAAGGGGAGGUGAAUCGAGCUCGAUAUAUGCCUCAGAAUCCAUGUGUUAUUGCAACAAAGACUCCUUCAAGUGAUGUACUGGUAUUUGACUACACUAAGCAUCCUUCAAAACCUGAUCCUAGUGGAGAAUGCCACCCUGAUCUCAGGCUUCGAGGCCAUCAGAAAGAAGGCUAUGGACUCUCUUGGAAUCCAAAUCUGAAUGGUUAUCUACUCAGUGCUUCAGAUGAUCAUACUAUUUGUCUCUGGGACAUUAAUGCGACUCCAAAAGAAAAUCGAAUCAUUGAUGCAAAAACAAUCUUUACAGGCCAUACAGCUGUUGUGGAGGAUGUUGCAUGGCAUCUGCUACAUGAGUCUUUAUUUGGGUCAGUAGCUGAUGACCAGAAACUUAUGAUCUGGGAUACUCGCUGCAACAAUACAAGCAAACCAUCGCACACGGUAGAUGCACACACGGCAGAAGUAAACUGUCUCUCAUUCAAUCCAUAUUCAGAAUUUAUCUUGGCUACAGGGAGUGCUGAUAAGACUGUUGCACUGUGGGAUCUGAGAAAUCUGAAACUAAAACUGCAUUCGUUUGAAUCUCAUAAAGAUGAAAUUUUCCAGGUGCAGUGGUCACCUCAUAAUGAAACAAUCUUAGCAUCUAGUGGCACAGACAGGCGUCUGCAUGUGUGGGACCUUAGCAAGAUUGGAGAAGAGCAGUCUGGGGAGGAUGCAGAAGAUGGACCACCUGAACUUUUGUUCAUUCAUGGUGGACACACAGCAAAGAUUUCAGACUUCUCGUGGAACCCAAAUGAACCGUGGGUAAUUUGUUCAGUUUCUGAAGAUAAUAUAAUGCAGGUUUGGCAAAUGGCAGAAAACAUAUACAAUGAUGAAGAACCUGAAACUCCAGCAUCAGAAUUGGAGGCUGGAGCUUCAUAAACUAUGAAAUAGUCAUAUCUGGAACAGAUUUGACCUCUGAAUUGAAUGAAACUGCAGUAUGAUUGUAAUGUGUAUGUCUCGAUUUUAAUCAGUGGCAACUUACAAGGUGUGGAUAAAUACCAUGUAUGUAGUCUUACAUAUUGUCAUUGUUAGCUGUGUAAGCUUCCCAUUUGCAUUAUAAGAUAGAAGCUUGUGAAGUAGUUACUGUAAUCUUUUACAUAGGAAACUGAAAGGAAAACUUCGUACACACAAACUUUGGUAUUAUCAGUUGUGAAGGUCAUAAUAUUAAUCUCAUUUUAAUUUAUGUGUCUCUAGUUUAUUGUACAUUUCAGAUAAGUGCUUGGAUAUUUUCAGAUGGAUGUUCCAAGACAUGGAACUUUCACACAGUUUCCUGAUAUGGUACCACAUAUAUGGGUAGUGUUUAGAAAUGUGAAGCUGGUGAUUCCAAAGUUGGAAUCAUGGUCUCAAUGGAUUCAGUUUCUGGUGUUAGUGUUACUAUGCGACAGAGAUAUUUCUUCAUGUAUCACUUGGAAGUAACUGUAAGGUUAAUUUAAGAAGCUUUACUGUCCAUGAAGGAUGUCAUGUUGUCCCAUGUGCCAAGUGCAAAUUCUAUUAUGUUAUUUUGUUCAUGGCUUAAUAUAUUAUUCAAAUGUGAAAUGUUUUCAGGUUCUCAUUUUACACCAUUGUGUACAUUCAAUUUGUAUCUUUAUCAUUGUUUGGCAUAUUCAUUCAAAAUAUGGAUUACUUUUAACCAAAAGCAGAUGAUAAGUCAAAAUUUUCUAAUUUGCAUGGUUUUUGGAUAAAAAUGUCAAAAUAUAUUUACAGGUUUAAUAUUUAUUCACAAUUUUUAAGUCACACUUUAAAAACAUGUAAAUAAUUGUAAUUUUCUGCAGUUUGCAGUGAUAGUUAAAAUGCCUUAUUACAUCUACACCUUUAACUUUAUAUUGAACCAGGAUACAAGUGUUAACUAUCAUUCUGACCUGAUUAACAAUAUAACGUAACAGAAUUGACAGAAAGACACUAAUAUUUAGAAAAGAAUAAGCAUGCCUGUAGCAUCCCCUCUUUCCAUCACCAUGACCACUACAAAAAAUCUCCCGACCCCACCACCAAUAAUGACUGUAAAGUACAAAAAGUAUAUUGGGGACUGCAUCUUCUGGACCCUCACAAAGCUAACUGCACCUCCAAAGUGGGUGUAUAAAGAAGUCAUGAAAAGAUAAUGCACAAACUGGAUAAUUCUCAUGUGGAUAAAUGAAAGUUUGAAGAUUCCUCUAUAUGCAUAUGUGGCACAUAAAUCUAAUGUUUAUUUUAAAUACACUUUAUAUAUAAAUGUUAUAGUGGACUUGAAAAUUGUGUGGCUGAAGAUAACUUCAACGUGUGUAUGUUAUUUAUGGUGUAUUAUUAACUUCAUUAUUUUUGGUCCAGUAAGUUGUUGGUUUUACAUUUGCAAGAUCAAAGUUCAAGAUUGCCAGCAAUACUGAUGCAGUUUUCACAAUCUUUGUCUAUUUAUGUUAAAUAUAACAUCCAGACUUCUAAAGUAAUGCUUCCACUGUACAAAUUAAUUAAUUGUCUGUAUUCUGUCAGUGAAUGUGUAUUUGGAAUGGUGGGGUGAAGUGAAUGUAUGAUGGCAUGGCAGGGAAUUUAUAUAAUUAAUAGUGUUGAUAUCUUGAAAUCUCAAUAUACAAAUUGAACUCAUUAUUUUCAUUUUAUUUUUAUUUUUUCUAGAUGAAUUGAUUAGAUAUACAAAUGAGAUACUUGUGUUAAUAAAUGUUCAUUGUACAACCCUAAGAUUCCACUUUAUGUUGAUUUUUGAAUUUUAAAGAUGUGCAUGGCAUGUCUUACAAAUGUGUGUUCUUAACAAAUUGUCAAUAACUAAGGGUGUACUAAAAGAACAUGAGAUUUUUAAAUGUGUGUAAAUUCAAGUCUGAGAACAAUAAAAAGUGAGGUUCACCACAACAGAAAAGAGCAUAAAUUCA